AGCAACCAAACAAACAAAAACCGGGGCAACACUUCUUGUGUUGGCCCUAGCCGCGCCGGUUCGGCCAGUUUAGCCGUGUCCCGCGUGUGUGCUGGCGAUGCGAGCCGUGCUUUGUUUGCCACGGAUUCCUGGAAAUCUAGCCGUGGUUUCUCGCGCAUCCCCCUGCACCAAACUCAGCAACCACCACUAACCCCCUUUCUCUUUUAUAAAAGAGGAGAGCCUCAAGUCUCUCCCGUAUUGGCAGUGAUCCCCAAGACUUGCUCAGCUCAUCGGUCUUCUCUCCUCGGAUCUUUCAGCUCGAGUUGUAAGUUGUAACCGAGAUGGCGUCAGCGUCGUCGUCCUCUUCUUCGUUCUUUGACAUCGAGCCACUCGACGGCGGCGAGGCCUGCCUGUCCGGCCACGCCAUGGACGCCUGCUCCCUCUGCCGGAAGCCGCUCACCAGGAACUGCGACAUCUUCAUGUACAGAGGGAACACGCCAUUCUGCAGCGAGGAGUGCCGGGAUCACCAGAUGGAGAUGGACGAAGCAGCAGUGAGGGUUAGCGCCACGAAUGCGAGGGAGCGCGCUGCAAGAAACGAGCAGCGCCACAGGCUCGACGCCGGCAGUGUCGCCGUCGCGGCGAAUGUGCCCGUCCUGAGCUAAGCCAUAGGCGCAAGUAAAGCAUCCGGGGUCCCCUUGAGAAAGUAAAGGGAAUCGCCCGAUCGAGAUGAGAUGAACGCACAAGGAAUAUUCAGAUGAGUCAGGGCAAGCAGCAAGCUCCGAGUUAAUUCCAGUUUUCUGUCCAUCACCCUUGCAGUCUUGUUCUGUGCAUGUAUUAGAGCAAGAGAAAUAGCGCGGUAGAGAAAAUACGUGUAUAUGACGGCGUUUUCCCCUUUUUCUUGUGUGAGGAUUUUUCCCUUCCUUUUCGACCUGUGGGAGAGAACUUUGAUGCUGUGUCGUUGCAACCAGUUCUUUCAUCCUUGAGAGCCGUAGAUCCUACUGGGUAAAAUGUGUGCCUCGAUUCUGUACUAUUAACUUGUCACCUGAGCAGAUCAACCGGUAAGGCAUUGUAGCUGCUUUUGUGCAA